AAAAGAAAGAAUACUAAAUCAAUAAUAUUAAAAAUUUAAUUAUUUAUCAACCACUUUUAUCAACAGAUGUGCUGUUAUAUAAAUGCGAAUUACAAAAUGAAUUAAUCACAGUUUGUCAAGUUUAUAUUUGAAAAUGAUCUACUUUCUCCUUUUCCUAAUUUCUACAGUGUUUAUUAUCAGUGUUUUUGUAAAAAUUUAUUUAAAGUUAAUUGCGGGUUGGUGCAAAUGUAAAACUUGUUUAGUCGGAAAAACUGUAAUUGUGACUGGACCUACGUCAGGAAUGGGUUAUGAGACGGCUUUGGAUUUUGCACAAAGAGGAUCUCGUGUUAUCUUAGGUUGUUUAGAUAAAAAUGAAGGUGAAGAAACAAAAUUAAAAAUAAUUAAUGAGACUGGAAAUAUGAAUAUUAUUGUUAAACCACUUGAUAUGGCUUCGUUUGAUUCAGUUCGAACCUUUGCUAAGGAUGUUAUCGCUUCUGAGGACCAUUUAAACAUUUUAGUAAAUAAUGCAGGGGUGGCAGGAAUCGGGGACAGAGUAACAAACGACGGUCAUUUAUACACAAUGCAAGUCAAUUAUUUCUCGGCUUUCCUCCUAACGAAUUUAUUAAUAGGGUUGUUGAAAAAAACUGAAAACAGUCGCAUCGUCAACGUAUCUUCUUUAGUGGCAAAAUACGAAUAUGAUUUAGAUUUGACAAAACUGGACGAAUAUCCAGGGACUUACCAGAAAGUAUACAGCCGAUCCAAACUAUGUCUUCUGUUGUUUACAAUAGAACUGGCGAAAAAAUUACAAAGUACAACUGUUACUACCUAUUCGAUACAUCCAGGUGUCGUAAGCACUCACUUGUUCGAAAAUGUCCACGGUUUGGGUAAAUACCUAGUAGCCUUAGGGCGAGUUUUCUUUAAGACGUGUGAAGAAGGGGCUCAAACUAUUAUCCAUUGUGCUGUUAGGAAUGGGAUUGAGAAAGACAAUGGGGAGCAUUUUGUGGAUUGUAAAAAAGUACCACGUUAUGAGACAGCCAAGAAUGGAAGUCUGAUGGAGAAAUUGUGGGCUGUUACAGAAGAAAUUGUUCAGUUACGACCUGAGGAGGUUUCAAUUUAAAUGUUACAAUUUUUGGAUCAGAAAUGUUUUUAUUUGCGAAAGAAUAGUGUGAAUUUUUAAACUGUUCCUAUUUUUACAAUUGAUUCACAUUUAAUAUUCUACAUGAAUCAAAUCUUCAAUUUUUAUUUUCGUUUUUAUAAAAAGACAAUGGAAUAGGGUAAUAAUAGAGAAGUUUUUAAAAGCUUUUCAUAAAGUGCGCGUUACGUAAUAUGCAGAUAACAUGUUUGUAAACGAAUGAAAAUAUUUCUGUAACGUAAGAGGAUUCUAAAAGAAACAUAGUUGCUUCUCAAACUCUAAUAAUUUUAUUAAGUCACAGUAAAUAUACAUAACAGAAUAUA